AUGCAAACAUCAUAUCGUUUCCUGUCUCGCCUUUCUCAGUCACAAAAACGCACUGCUUCCAUUUUAUGCAACAGGGACUUGUUGUUUUUAUUGACCCAUGAGAGUGAUGGCAAUAUUACUGUUUUAGAACCCAAUUUCACAGCUCAAAAUCAAAGCUUUGGCUAUAGUUCUUAUACUCAACCUUGUGGAUUUCUUGCUUCUAAGAGGUCAAGAGGGUUUGCUUUGUUGGGGCUGGUUUCUUUGGAUAGUAACCAGAAUGAUCAGAAUUCAAGUUAUAGCUACUUUGCUCAUCGUGGUUUUUUCACGAGAGCUAAACAAGUAAAGAGGAUAGAAAUAAGUGACCAACACAGCCAACGAGCAGUCACAACAGCAUUAUGGUGCAAUUUUCUUGUCUUUUCUCUUAAGUUUGGGGUUUGGUUUACAACCAAUAGUCAUGUUAUGUUUGCUGAAGUUGUGCAUUCGAUAGCAGAUUUUGCAAACCAGGCGCUUCUCGCUUAUGGUCUAAGUAGCUCUAGGCGUGCACCUGAUGCUCUUCAUCCUUAUGGCUACUCGAAGGAAAGAUUUGUUUGGUCCCUGAUAUCAGCUGUUGGUAUUUUUUGUCUUGGUUCUGGUGCUACAAUUGUUAAUGGAAUCCAGAAUUUAUGGACUUCACAUCCACCCGAAAACAUUCAGUAUGCAGCUUUGGUGAUUGGUGGGUCAUUUAUCAUUGAAGGUGCUUCACUUAUUGUUGCCAUACAAGCUGUUAAGAAAGGUGCAGCUGCAGAAGGAAUGACAGUUAGAGACUACAUCUGGCGUGGUCACGAUCCCACAUCUGUUGCAGUCAUGACAGAGGAUGGUGCGGCGGUAACUGGACUUGCUAUUGCUGGGGCAUCAUUAGUUGCAGUCAAUACCACAGGGAAUGCAAUUUAUGAUCCUAUAGGGUCUAUUAUAGUUGGCAACUUGCUUGGGAUGGUAGCAAUAUUUCUUAUCCAGAGGAAUCGGCAUGCUUUGAUUGGUAGAGCAAUGGAUGACCAUGAUGUGGAGAAGGUCCUUAACUUCCUAAAAAAUGACCCGGCUGUGGAUUCACUAUAUGAUUGCAAAAGUGAGGUGAUUGGACCAGGAUUCUUCAGAUUUAAGGCAGAAAUAGAUUUCAAUGGAGUGGUGGUCGUGCAGAAUUAUCUGAGUAGGACUGGACGUGGAGAGUGGGCCAGACAGUUUCGCGAAGCUUCAAAGGAGAAGGAUGAUACUGCAUUGCUCAGGAUGAUGUCAAACUAUGGUGAGGAAGUGGUAACUGCUCUGGGAAGCGAAGUUGAUAGACUUGAGAAAGAGAUCCAAGAGCUUGUUCCUGGGAUUCGGCAUGUCGAUAUCGAGGCACACAAUCCAAUUGGUCCAGCCCCAUGA